AUGUCUGACGAGCACCAUGACUUCGAGCACGAGGGCCACGCCGACGCUGGCGCCUCUCUCACCUUCCCCAUGCAGUGCUCGGCUCUGCGGAAGAACGGCUUUGUCGUGAUCAAGGGCCGCCCUUGCAAGAUCGUCGACAUGUCCACCUCCAAGACCGGCAAGCACGGUCACGCUAAGGUCCAUCUCGUUGCCCUGGACAUCUUCACAGGCAAGAAGCUUGAGGAUCUCUGCCCGUCCACCCACAACAUGGAUGUGCCCGUUGUCAAGCGCAACGAAUACCAGCUCAUCGAUAUCACCGAUGACAACUACCUCAGUCUGAUGCUCUCUGACGGCAGCACCAAGGACGACGUCCGCCUGCCUGAGGGUGAGCUUGGCCAGAAGAUCAAGGCCGCCUUCGAUGAGGGCAAGGAUCUCCUUGUCACCGUCCAGGCUGCUAUGGGCGAGGAGGCCGCCAUUGAUUUCAAGGAGAACACCUCGAAAUAA